AUGACCAGAUCAGAGUAUUCUUGUCUAGAUGGUCAGCCAGUUCCACGUAAAGCCGGCCCCAAAGUAAGGAUCGUGAUGCUGGGAGAAGACAAAGCGGCUGUGUUUAUCCAGGCCUGGUGGCGGGGCGCCCUGGUGCGCAGGACGCUGCUGCACGCGGCGCUCAGGGCGUGGAUUAUUCAGUGCUGGUGGAAACAGAAGCUGGCGAAACUGCUGGAGAAGAGGCGGUGGGCGUCCCUAGAAUUGUAUGCGCGGCAAGAAUGGGCAGCUGUGAAACUGCAGUCCUGGGUCCGCAUGUGGUGCAUCCGCCUUCGUUACUGCCGUUUGCUCCACGCUGUCCGCAUCAUCCAGAUCUAUUGGCGCUGGCAUAGCUGCCACACCCGGGGCUUUAUUCAGGGCCAUUACAACCUCAAAGAAAACCACCUGAAUCUUCAACUUGAAAUCUCUUUGGGCUCGCAAGCUUGUAGAGUUCAACAAAGCAUACCCCUUCCAAUAAAGGAAUGA